AUGGACUACUCUCGUCUUCUCCUCGCUCUCGCCGUCUACAUCGUCAUCCGCCUCGUCCGCUCCCGCUUCUUCCCCUCAAAGAUCAUGGCCCACGGCAAAGUCAUCGAAGUUGACAACCCUGUCAUCUUCAAAGCCCUAACCUCCUCCGGCCCCGUCGUCGUCGACUUCUUCGCGACCUGGUGCGGACCCUGCAAGGCCGUCGCGCCGGUCGUUGGCAAACUCAGCGAAACCUACCCCAACGUGCGAUUUAUCCAGGUGGACGUGGACAAGGUGCGCUCUGUCGCGCAGGAGUUGCAAGUGCGCGCGAUGCCGACGUUCGUGCUGUUCAAGGAUGGACAGCCCUUGGAGAAGCGCGUUGUGGGUGGAAAUAUGAAGGAGUUGGAGGAGGGGAUUAAGAGUAUUUCUGCUUGA